GCUACGGUUCACAACUGACCGCGUCUCCUGCCAGCCGCGGCAAGAGCCUCGCGCAGCCAGCCGGGAGACCCCAGCGCCAGACCCCCGUGGGAAGUGGGUGGGUUUGCCUGGGCGGCUUUUCCCCUGAGGCCGAGGACGGGAGACAGCCCCGAAGGGCGACCCGGGCUCCUCCGACCGCCCUGCCUUCCCUCCCCAGUCUUCUCCUCCUUCAGCAGCGGGCGAGGGGCGCCGGGGACAGCUCCAGCCGCGAUGAAUCCCUUCGAAGAGCCCUCGCUGGACGGCUUGGAUCUCUCGCUGAGUCUCCAUGAAACCGCCGAGAUAGACACAGCCCUCCUGAGCGACAUUGACGAUAUGCUCCAAUUGAUCACCACCGAAGACAACGACUUCCCUGAUCUGAUGGACACGUCUUUCGGUUCCCAGCUUCCUCCUGAUCUGAACCCCCAUGGACCCAGUAUCUUCAGCACUUAUGGGGGGGCAAAGGCCCCCGCUCCCACUAGCUUGUUCCCCCUUCCAACCACAUCUCCACCCAGCUUCCAGACCCUGCCCACCGCUUGCCUGAACAUGCCACCAUCUCCAGUGGAUGUCAAAGAAGAAUCCUUGGGCCCAACGCUAAGCCCACCUCAAAGCCAGCUGCCCGCCGGCAUGAUACCUUCUCCAAAUAUUGUUCCAGCUGCCCAGAUGCCUUUCUCCACCCAGCCCUUGAUGGAUUUCCAGACCCAAAAUGGUAUUUCUGCUCCCCAGCCAGGAGGGACACCCCAGCAGCCCCCAGCGGCCUCCACCAAGCCCCAGCAGAUGCAGCCUUCUCUGAAACCAACGCCAUUCCAGAACAUCGCUCCCCAACAGCUUCUGGCUGCCAGCAGCCCCCAGGUGGUCCAGCAAGUGCCGGUCCUUCUGCAGCCCCACUUCAUCAAGGCCGACUCCCUCCUUCUGACCACUGUCUCCGGAGCCAAAACCCCCAACACCAGCUCCGUGGUCACCUCCACAGCCUUGCAGAUGCCAACCCUGGUGAGCGGGGGCACCAUCCUGGCGACAGUGCCACUGAUGGUGGACACUGACAAGCUGCCCAUCAACCGCCUGACCGCUGGGAAGCCUGUGGUCACCCAGAACAAGGGCGAGAAGCGCACCGCUCACAAUGCUAUUGAGAAACGCUAUCGUUCCUCCAUCAAUGACAAGAUAUCUGAGCUGAAGGUCCUGGUUGUGGGCACAGAAGCCAAGCUGAACAAGUCGGCUAUCUUACGCAAAGCCAUCGACUACAUCCGCUACCUGAAGCAGACCAACCAGAAGCUGAAGGGGGAGAACAUGGCCCUUAAAAUGGCAGUGCAGAAGAACAAAUCGCUGAAAGAUUUGGUGGCCAUAUGUGGUGGAAACGUGGAGGAUCCGGCAGAGGGAAUGAAGAUGAUGGAAGCUUUGACGCCUCCACCCUCAGAUGCCGGUUCCCCUUCGCACAGCAGCCCACUCUCCUUCGGAGGCAUCAGUGGAACCGAUUCGGAGCCAGACAGCCCUUCGUGCGAGGAGGCCAAGGUGAAACCCGAAUAUCAGGGCCCUCCAUCGGGCAGCCUGGGAAUGCUGGACAGGUCCCGUGUGGCUCUCUGCACGUUCGUCUUCCUCUGUCUCUCCUUCAAUCCGCUUUCUUCCCUGCUUGCCGGAGUCAACCUCGGAGGUUCUUCAGAGGCUUUUGGCCAUGAUGGUUCCAGCCGCAGCAUCCUGGCCACGGACGAGUCAGAAAACGCUGCUCUUCCCCAGUUCCAGUGGCUUCUCCCCACCUUGGUCUUCUGGAUGAUCAACCUGCUGAUCGUGGGUGCCGCCUUCGUCCGGCUUUUCAUUUACGGCGAGCCCAUCACCCGGCCCCACUCGGAGUCUUCGGUCAUCUUCUGGAGACACCGCAAGCAGGCGGACCUGGACUUGGCUCGGGGGGAUUUUGCACAAGCAUCCCAGAACCUGUGGACGGCCCUCAAAGCGCUUAGACGGCCCCUCCCCACCUCCAAUCUGGACCUCACCUGCAGCCUCUUGUGGAACUUGAUCCGGCACAUCCUCCAGCGUCUCUGGGUAGGGCGUUGGCUGGCUGAUCGGGCUGGUGGCUUCUUCCGAGAUCAGGAGCUGAAGGCUGAUGUGCGCAAGAGCGCCUGUGACGCGGCCCUGGUCUACCACCGGCUGCAUCAGCUUCACAUGACAGGGAAGCACGUGGCAGGCCACCUGUCCGCUAUCAACAUGGCGCUGAGCGCAGUCAACCUAGCCGAGUGUGCUGGAGAUGCCAUCUCAGUGGCCACGCUGGCUGAAGUCUACGUGGCUGCUGCCCUGCGGGUGAAGACCAGCCUCCACCACUGUUGCCACUUCCUAGCGCGUUUCUUCCUCAGCAGUGCCCGGCAAGUGCUGCUCUCCCACCAUGGGACGGUCCCUCCUGCGCUCCAGUGGCUCUGCCACCCCGUGGGACACCGGUUCUUCGUGGACGGUGACUGGGCGGUGAAAAGCUCUCCACGGGAAAGCAUCUACAGCUCCACCAGCCACCCAGCAAACCCCCUGGCUCAGGUGACACAACUCUUCCGAGAACAUCUGCUGGAGAAAGCUCUUUCUUGUGUCUCCAGGCUGGACAACCCAGCCCCUGCCAGCCACAGCGAGGGGGAAUUUUCAGAUGCUCUGGAGUACCUGCAUUUCCUCAACAGCUGUGCGGAUACUGUCCCCAACCCGACGCCCUCCAUCAGUACCAACAUGGACCUGGCCACAGGUACUGACCCUGUUUCCCACUGGUGGGCAUCUGUGGUUGCCAUGGCAAUCCAUGGACUGCAAGCGGAUGAGGAGGCCAUGGAACGCCUCUACCCUCUGGUGGAAUUCAUGCCCCGAGUUCUCCAGGGGUCUGAGAACCCUCUUCCACGUGCGGCUCUGCACACCUUCAAGGCAGCCCGGGUGCUGGGCAAAGAGGACAGCAGCCUGGGACAGUGCGACAAAGCUGGCGAAUAUUUGCGAGACAGCUUGGGUGGGAACGCGACUCCCAGUGCUAUCGACAGAGCAGUGCAGUUCCUUUUGUGUGACCUGCUCCUGAUCACUCGCACCAGGUUCUGGCAACAACAGAUGCAGGGGGCUCCCCCACACAGAGCCCGCUACCAGGCGUCUGCCCUCGAGCUACGGGGCUUUCAGCAGGAUCUCAGUACUCUCCGGCGCUUGGCGCAAGCGGACCAGCCUGCAAUGCACAGGGUCUUCCUCCAUGAGGCAACUGCCCGACUGAUGACCCGAGCCAGCCCCACACGGACCCACCAGUUGCUUGACCGAAGUCUCCGCAGGAGGGGACCAUCUACUACCAAAGGAGCUGGUGAACAAGAGAGCCGCCCCACUGCCCGGGAACAAGCAGAAGCCUUGCAACUGGCCUGUUCCUACCUCCCCCCUGUGUUGCUUUUGGGGCCAGGCCAAAGGGGGGGCAUGCUGGCCGAGGCUGCCCGCUCCCUGGAGAAGCUGGGCGACAAAUGGACUUUCCAUGAAUGCCAGCAGAUGAUUGUCCGGCUCAGCAGUGGCUCCACCGUCACUUCCAGCUAGAGAUUUGGAAGAUUCCUAGGAAGGAGGGUGGAGGCCUGGGGUGGCCCCACCAGUUUGGUUUGUGGCAGUGCCGGUGAAAGUGCCAAGGAGGCCUGGCAGAGCGUGGCAGGGGCGACUCUCUUUCACUCUCUCUGCCUGAGGCAGCUCUGGUUCCUCAAAAGGAUGCUCAGCUCUUUUCUUCUUCUGCGUCUAAAGAGACCUAGACAUAUGCAAGGGGGGACAACCCGGUGUGGCAGAACUGGGUGGAUCUGGCUGACUUCCCGCUCCUCCCGGGAGAAGGGUGUGCACCCAACUCUUGCGAGUCUCUUGGGUUUUAGACUCCCCACGACCAGGGUGCGUUUGGCAGGCAGGGUAAUCUUUUGGAGACCAACCAGCCCUCAGUUUCUCACAUCCCCUGUCCAGCAGAUGAUGGUUUUGCCCUUACCUCUUUCACGGCCAGCUCUGUUCUUCCCCAGCUACCCCAGCCGCGGCUUGACUUCCUCUGCCAUGUCCAUCCAUCUCUUCUGAGAGCCCAGCCUGGUGGGGGCAGCGGGAUUUCCAUCUGAUCUGUUGUGAAUUGCUUGGAGUUUGCUCAUUCCUCCCCAUCCCUUGAGGGCAUGGGAGUUAAUUCACGGUAACUUCUGGUGGUCUCGUGUGGUGACCUUGGAUGAGCUUCAGUCAUGGUGGACCUACAACCCUUGUGGUUGAGUAAUGUUCUCAUCUCUUCACAUAUUAAUUGUGGCUGUUGGAAAGCAGUUGGCUGAAAAGAGGACAAUAUUUCCCCUCCCCUUAAGGUGGACUCAGGGGGAGAAGAAGUCCACUUUUUGUGUUUAAAAAAAAAGUGGCAAAGGACACGCCAUGAAAAAGCUGAAUAGGAUUUUUAGAAAACGUUUCUAGAAGGAAAACAGAAGGCAGACAUGGUGAGAGAUCCCUCUUGUUCCACCCUUUGGAAAGCUACCUGUCAAAAGCUACAGCCCCUUUUCUUACUCUAACCUAACCUCCUUCCCCCUUCCAUCCCGUACUGUAGUUUGGGGAACCCAACAUAGUGGUUGACGGGAACCCUCACCCCAGAAGGUGAGGGUCAGAGUUGGUGGAGGAGCUGGAGGGCUUCUACUGCUGCCCAUCGCUUGUGGGGGAUGGAGCACUCGCAUCGGUGUCUCCCCUUGCCAACAUGCACUCCUGCUCAGCCACGAUUCUUUCUUUCAAAAGUUAUUUUCAUAGUAUCAGGGGAGGGGUUUUUGUACAGAUGAUAAAAUAAAACAGCUACUUAUUUAUAUCUCCUCGUCUGGACAUUAAUUGGAGCAGGAGAAGACAGACAAAGGAUGGUGGGAAUCACCUUGGUUGGACUCUAGGCUGAUGAAUUCUCACCAGCUCUACAAAAGUUGUCCUCCCCUGGAUGUGUUGAUCGGCAAGGUCUUUAAGGGUUGUGAAGACCAUGGGGGGGCCACCUCUGGUUUGGCUCAUCAGACUUGUAGCCUCCCAGAUGUCCAGUCCUGCUUGAGUUGGGCAAUUUUUUUUUUUGUCUACUCUAAAAUGUACCUACAGAGAAAUCCUCUGUGCUCUGGAUUACAGCUAUACACAUAUGGGGCAGUGAAGGUAUGGGAGAGAGCGACCUGCUUUCUUCCUACCCUAGUUGAAAGCUUUCUGGGGGCAUUUUCCACAGAACCAUGACAUUUGGGUUUGAUUCAGUCCAGGAGGACUCAAGUCUACGGUGAUCCCGAAUGAUGAAGCAACUCUCAUAUCUGAAUUGGGCCAGUGGGGCAGAUUCUUUUGGACAUUUCAAAGAAUUAGUUUCAACAUCAAAAGGGGCUUGAUGAAAAGAUGGAUCAGAUAGCACACAGUGUGGCAGGUUUCCAGAGCUCAUGGUUUUAAUGUGAAGAAGGCAAUCUCAUUUAAUCAUAUGGUCUGAGUGUGGCAUAUUCUGUGAAGAUAGCAAUUGUAUUUUGUUAGCGUGAAAACAUCUUGAGAGAGCUAAGAGUUGUUAUUGGCCAGCGGAUAUGUUGAACUGACCUCAAACUGGAAAAACACCUCACUCUAUUUCAACAGUAAGGUUGGCCUCACAAGAGUCCAUCAAGAUGGUGAAGUAGACUUUUCUGUUGAGCAAUGAAUGCCUUCAGACCGACUACAUGGGUCGUACAUGUGGUUGCAUCCUUCAAGCCACAAGAUGCUGGUGGAAAUGGGUUGCAAAUCCUGCCACCUUCUGUGGUGCUUUCUAAAAUAAGUCUACAUUUAUCCACACAGAGGACAAACGCACUGCACUGCAGAAACUGUGUCCACAAAUGUUGACAGGGUUUGCACAACACGUUCUUUGGCAAGGAGAGAAGGGGUGGAACACUUUGUGGCUCAGGUUGAUGUGAAAACUCAAUCAUUAUCUUAGCAUCUUAUAUGGUCCAGGCCAUCCCAAGCCCAACUCUAUUGGAAAUGUCCACCAGUAUUGUCCUCAAUUGACGUUGAGCGGGCUUCGACCCUACUUCUACCGGCAAAGAAUUCUUGAGGAAUCUUGCCGUGUGGAGCUUCCGGAAAGGUACGGUGAUCUAUUUCCUCUGCUUGGAUCUGAUCUCCCCACCCCACCCCAAGGAGAUGGCUGAAAAAUAGGUGAUUAGGGAACUCGCCGUAUGUCCAAAACAAUUGCUGAAUCUUUAUUGGUGUUCUGAAUGCAAUGACCUGAUUUUUUCUUUUUUCUUUUUUUUUAACUCUUAAGGAAAAUAAACUUCUUUUAGAAAC